AGGAAUAGGAGAGGAACAGUGGACACAAGAGAAGAGGUGCAAAAGGCAGCAUAGAGAAUUGGGAGAACUCCCACUUAUUCCUUGAAUGGGUUUUUCAGGCCAAUACUGUGACAUAGAAGUGAAUGGAUGUGAUUCGGGGCCCUGCUUGAAUGGUGCUGUCUGUCAGAGUAAAGUCAAUGGAUAUGAUUGUUUUUGCCCUGAAGGAUUUGAAGGUCUGAACUGUGAAAUCAACUUUGAUGAGUGUACUUACGGCUUUUGUAGAAGCAAUUCAACUUGUUUAGACCUGGUUGCAGACUACACAUGUGUUUGUCCUCCAGGCUUCACUGACAAAAACUGUUCAAUGAACAUUGAUGAAUGUGUCUUCAAGCCCUGCAAAAACGGAGCCCAUUGCCAUGAUUUGAUUGGCGAAUUUUUCUGUAGCUGCUUGCCAGGGUUUACUGGUCAGUUUUGUGAAGUAAACAUGGAUGAUUGCCUGUCACAACCUUGUGGAAUCCUCAGCAUUUGCAAAGAUGAAUUGGAUGGCUAUCUUUGUUUCUGUGCACCUGGUUUUAUAGGUAAUAAUUGUGAGAUUGAGGUGGAUGAGUGUCUAAGUGACCCCUGUCACAAUGGUGCCACUUGUGUUGAUCAUCUCAAUGCCUUCAGCUGCCUGUGUUGUGAUGGAUUUCAAGGCACAACUUGUGAAAUCAACAUAAAUGAAUGUCAGUCAUCACCCUGUCUCCACAAUGCAACCUGUGAAGAUCUUAUCAGUGGAUAUGAAUGCAUCUGUCUACCUGGCUUUGCUGGUGCAAGAUGUGAAACAGAUCUAGACGAGUGUGCCUCAUUUCCCUGCAAGAAUGGAGCCACCUGCAUUGACCAACCUGGUAAUUACUUCUGCCAAUGUGUGGCUCCAUUUAAAGGUUCUAACUGUGAGUUUAGGCCUUGUGAGGUUAGCAAUCCCUGUGAGAAUGGAGCUGUGUGCAUACAAGAGAUGGAUUUGGACAUUUUUCCCCUUGGAUUCCAGUGCCAGUGUAUGAAGGGUUUUACAGGUCCACGCUGCGAGAUCAAUGUCAACGAGUGCAGCUCCAGCCCUUGUCUCCAUGGAUAUUGCUAUGACAUUGUUGACGGCUUCUAUUGUUUGUGCAACCCUGGAUACGCAGGACUGAAAUGUGACCAGGACAUUGAUGACUGUAUUAUCAAUGCUUGUGACCACAAUUCUACAUGCAUGGAUCUGCAUCUGAGCUACCGGUGUGUCUGCCCGCCUGGAUGGGAAGGAACAUUUUGUGAAUAUGAAUCCAAUGAAUGUAACUCAGAGACAUGCAAAAACAACGGCACCUGUACAGAUCUGUUCAAUAGCUAUAGAUGUACAUGUACAGCAGGCUGGACAGGGCCACAAUGCACUGAAGAUAUAAAUGAAUGUGAUUCUUACCCAUGCUUAAAUGGAGCCACCUGCCAGGAGUCUGCUAUCCAGGGGCAGUUUAUAUGUAUUUGUCCACCAUUUUAUACUGGUGACUUUUGCCAGCAGCGCUACGAUCCCUGUGACCGACCCUACAAUCCAUGUAUAAACAACUCAACCUGCUUGGCACAGGUUGAUGGGAAUCCAUUGUGUGUUUGUGAAAAAGGAUUUGAAGGUGCUUACUGUGAAAUUGACAGCAAUGAGUGUAUCUCCCAUCCAUGCCAGAACCAGGGUCAUUGUGUAGAUGAGGUUAACAGUUACAGGUGCUCCUGCAGACCUGGAUUUUCUGGGACACAAUGUGAAGUGGACAUUAAUGAAUGUUUAUCGAGACCCUGCAAAAACAAUGGAACCUGUAUUGAUCUUAUAAACAGGUUCCUCUGUAAUUGUGCACCUUGGUACUAUGGGCCUCUCUGUGAGUUGGAUGUAAAUGAGUGUGAAACUUUGCCUUGUCUGCAUGGAGGCAGCUGCUCCAACAAGCCUGGAGGCUACCAGUGUGUCUGUCCUCCUGGAUUUACAGGCAACAGAUGUGAAGUAAAUAUAGAUGAAUGUAUAUCAGCACCCUGUCUCAAUGAUGGAAGUUGCAUUGAUGAUAUAAACUUCUAUAAAUGUCACUGUAAGAGAGGCUUUAUUGGAAUAAACUGUGAGACAGAUGUUGAUGAAUGUUUGCCAAAGCCUUGUCUUCAUGGAAGAUGUGUAGACUUUGUAGCUGGGUAUCAAUGCUCCUGUGAAACAGGAUGGACUGGCUCGAAAUGUGAGAUCAAUGUUAAUGAAUGCAAGUCUGCUCCAUGCAUGAAUGGAGGUUCUUGUCAAGAUUUGGUCAGUGCAUUUUUGUGCAUUUGCGUGAGUGGAUACACUGGUGAAUUUUGUGAAGUAGAUAUUGACGUUUGCAAUGAACCUGCACCGAACUCAACCCUUUGUUUCAAUGGAGGCAUAUGUGUUGACGGCCCUGGAAGAACUUUUCAUUGCAGUCUCUUCAGUAUGUCUGUCUGUGGAAAGCUUUUAACAAAGAUUACAUCUUUGAGAGUGGAUCGUCUCUGGGGGCGUUCUUCAUUUGAGUCUUUUGGAAGUGACCAGUUCCAUCUCAUUCCCAAGGCAGAUCAUCAGAACAGAUUCCCUCACCCCAGCAAGAAAUUUGUGCCCCAAUCUUGGAUAAAGAGGUAGUGAUCAGUCCAUGGAAUGUAUAACAUAUCUAUCUAAUUUUUCCACCUCCACU